GGCUGUGAUGGCUCGUUGCUUCUAGACAGCAGUGGAAGUAUAGUUACUGAGAAAGGCUCUAACCCUAAUAGCAACUCGGCUCGCGGGUUUGAUGUUGUUGACCAGAUCAAAGCUGCAUUGGAGAAUGAAUGCCCUGGAACUGUUUCUUGUGCUGACUUGUUAACCCUAGCUGCUAGGGACUCCUCUGUUCUUACUGGUGGACCAAGCUGGAUGGUUCCUUUGGGAAGAAGAGAUUCGAGAAGUGCAAGCUUGAGUGGCUCAAACAACAACAUUCCUGCACCCAACAACACUUUCAGCACAAUUCUCUCGAGGUUUAAUAAUCAAGGUCUCGAUCUCACCGACCUUGUUGCCCUGUCUGGGAGUCACACCAUCGGCUUCUCAAGAUGCACGAGUUUCAGACAAAGACUUUACAACCAGUCCGGAAAUGGAAGUCCCGACAUAACCUUAGAGCAGUCCUAUGCUACUAACUUGCGCCAGAGGUGUCCGCCAUCAGGUGGAGACCAAAACCUGUCGGAGCUUGACAUCAACAGUGCCGGAAAGUUUGAUAACAGCUACUUCAAGAACUUGAUCGAGAACAUGGGACUUUUGAAUUCUGACCAGGUCUUAUUCUCUAGCAACGAGGAAUCUAGCGAGCUUGUGAAGACAUAUGCAGAGGAUCAGGAAGAGUUCUUCGAGCAGUUCGCAGAAUCAAUGAUCAAGAUGGGGAAUCUCUCUCCCUUGACAGGUUCGAGUGGUGAGAUCAGGAAGAAUUGCAGGAAGAUUAACUCUUGAUUUUGUGUGUGCUAUGGAAUGUGAGAAAAAGAAAUGAAACAUGUUUUCCG